UUUAUAUCGCCUCUAUAUUGCUUCAAUCCUUCAUCGUUCAGCAUAUUUUCAAGUUGCCAAAACUGGGUUAUUGCAGCUAUCGAUCAAUGAUGAAGACCUUUCUAGUACUCGUUGUUGCCUUCUUGUUGGUGCUGGCAACUCUGCAAGCUGAUGCAAAAAGGCUCACUUUGGAGGACAAACAGAAGCUGAUGAUGGCUGCAGCGCGUCAGCUACUAAGCGAAACAAACACUGGUGCAGCUAUUAAUGAUGCCAAAGAUGCAACAUCAAACAAGAACACUGGAAAUACUGAUGAUGAUGAUGAUGACGAUGAAAGGAACCAGAGUUACAAUCAGUACGGAUAUAGAACUUCUGAACCAAAUCCUGAUUCUAAUCAUGGCCAUUAUUAUUGUUUGACUGAUGGAAAACCCAAAAGUAAAGCUUGUGAAAUAUAUUGAUCUCGGAGCUGAUAUAUAUAAAUAUGGUGGAACUUGUAACAGUAUGGAUCAACUCGUGGGCCGAUUAGUAUGUGCAAAGAAUAUGAUGAAAUAAAACGACCUUGAGUCAGGACUAGCAUGGUUUUACCAGUAAA